AUGCAGCGGGAAGUGCACCGGGCCGUGCAGCGGGGAGUGCAGCGAAACAGUGAGGCCGGCAGUGCAGCUGGCCGUGCAGCGGGUAGUGCGGCGGGAAUUGCCUGACCACAGAACAUCGGUUGUCAUUUUCUGUUCAUUUCCUGACGAUUCUACAUGUUGAAUUUAACCUGGUCCCAGAUCUGUUUCUGUUCAUUUCCCGACGAUUCUACAUGUUGAAUCUAACCUGGUCCCAGAUCUGUUUGUGUGCUUACCAACUUCAUUGCUCAAUGUCAAGCCAAAUGUUUGGCAUGAUAAUGAGUGACAAGGAGUUGGAAUAUUAGCACCAACAGCCUGGCACUCAGUCUAUGUUGGAAUAUUAGCACCAACAGCCUGGCACUCAGUCUAUGUUGAAUUGCCACCGUUCGUCAACACCCAGCCCCAGCAGGUGAUCUACUGCUCAGGGUCAAAGUUCAUGUUGAUCCAUCUUGUCCUUUAGACCUCACAACUCUUUUCAAUAAGGUGACCAGAUGUCCCCGUAUUCCAGGGACAGUACCCGGUUUUUGGUGUCUUGUCCCUUGCUAGACCUGUCCCCGGAAUUAUUCCUGGUUAGCCAACAGAGAGAAAAAAGCAACUCUGCUGUUAAAUCUUGGCUGAUAUUUCGAUAAUGGGAAGUACAGAUCCAGCUUCACCCCCCUAUCCCCCCCCCCCCCCACCCCACCCCACCCCACAAAAUCCCUAAAACAAAUGGGUGAAUAUACAUUUUUAUAUCCAAUGACAUAGCUACUAGCUAGCUGCUUCCGAUUAUACUGCUCCUGUCAGCAGGAAAGCCACCAGCAGACUACAAUAAUUGCUGUUUAACUGGAGGCAAAUGUUUUAUGUAUGUGCUUGUCUGACUACGUUUCAGCUGAUAAAGCUUGUGCUGCUCCAUUCCCUGUCUGAUUUGUAAUAAUGUGGAAGAGAUAAACCGUCUUUGUUUUCACUGUGCCAGCUGUAUUACUUUGUCGUAAACAUCAAGCUGUCCCUUGCGUGUUAGGACAUUUCAGAACGAUAGUAAUGCGCCGCUACUCUCUUUCUCUCUCUCUCUCUCUCGCUCUCUCUCUCUCUCUCUCUUCUCUCUCUCUCUCUCUCUCUCUCUCUCUCUCUCUCUCUCUCUCUCUCUCUCUCUCUCUCUCUCUCCGUCUCUCUCUCUCUCUCUCUCUCUCUCUCUCUCUCUCUCACUAGCGCUCUCGAUCCGGGCCAUUUACAUGUCAUGCAUUUCCAAACAUUAUUCUGGCAUCUGUUGUUGAAUGUCCCCAAAUCUAUGUGUGCAUGUGUGUAUGUGUGUGUUUGUGUGUGCAUGUGUGUGUGCAGUGAUCCGAAACUAAUUUUAAAAACCUCGUUCUACACUGUACUAACAGACAUGGGCCAGGCACAAGUGUCAGCUCUUUAAUUAAAUGCUAAGGCAGAUUAGGUGGCAUUACCACGAGAAAUCUAGCGCAGCGGAGGACGUCGGUAGAAAAUGGCGGUUGUCACCGCCAGGCCCCCCUGGCCAUGUUAAUGGGACCCAUUAGAAUAUCCCAAUGUGCUGAGUUGAAAAGCAGUAACUGCUUUGUCACCUCAUCAGCUUAGAUACACACACACAUACACACACGCGCACACACACACAAAAACACAGAGUUCAGAAACAGUAAACAGUUAACAUUCUUGCAAACAACACUUUUUUCAAUUUUUUUGUUGCUUUUCCUGUGUGUCUCCAAGGCGGUCAUAAAUUGGCAGAUGAAGGAAAACACUUACAUGAUUUGUCUUGCCCAUUCACCCUCUGAAUGGCACACAUAGAAUUAUCUCAAAGCUUAAAAAUCCUUCUUUAACCUGUCUCCUCCCUUUCAUCUACACUGAUUAAAGUGGAUUUAACAAAUGACAUCAAUGAGGAAUCAUAGCUUUCACCUGGAUUCACCUGGUCAGUCUAUGUCAUGGAAAGAGCAUGUGUUCUUAAUGUUUUGUACACUCAGUGUAUACUUCCAUUAAUUUUUUUAACUGGUGCCGGGCUACCUUCAGACUAGUCUUGUGAGGCUUCGGCGUCUUAGACCAAAUCAUAGAGGGGUCAUUUUAGUGUGUAGCCCAAACUGUUCGGACGCUACAGACAGAAGUUGGCAGAUUGGCUGUACCGAAGGAUUUCGAUGGGGAUUGUAUUAUGCUAAUUAGAUUUAUGCGGGGGCUCGGACAUCGACUCUAUUAAUGGCACAUUUGUCAGGAACAGUAAUGUGUUGAGAGAGUCAUGCUGAGUGUGGAACAGUAAUGUGUUGAGAGAGUAAAAAAAGUAUUGCCGCUUGUACACUCACUAGGUACCAGUCAUGUUGCCUGCGGUCUCCAUAGAUGCACUAUGACAAGUCAACACACAGGGCAUACCACACUAUAACAAGUCAACACACAGGGUAUACCACAUUAUAACAAGUCAACACACAGGGUAUACUACACUAUAACAAGUCAACACACAGGGUAUACCGCACUAUAACAAGUCAACACACAGGGUAUACCACACUAUAACAAGUCAACACACAGGGUAUACCACAUUAUAACAAGUCAACACACAGGGUAUACCACAUUAUAACAAGUCAACACACAGGGUAUACUACACUAUAACAAGUCAACACACAGGGUAUACCUCACUAUAACAAGUCAACACACAGGUUACCAACAUAACAGUCACACCAGGGUAUACCUCACUAUACAAGUCAACACACUCAUGGUUCAAACCAGUCAUUAUAACAAGUCAACACACAGGUAUACCACACUAUAAACAAGUCAACACACAGGGUAUACACACUAUAACAAGUCAACACACAGGGUAUACCCACUAUAACAAGUCAACACACAGGGUAUACCUCACUAUAACAAGUCAACACACAGGGUAUAAGUCAACACACAGGGUAUACCACACUAUAACAAGUCAACACACAGGGUAUACCAAACAGAGUAACAAACAGAGGGUGCUGUGACCGACCGACCGACCGACCGACCGACCGACCGACCGACCAGGGUUGGGUUAUAAAAAAAUAUCUGAAACUUUAAACAUCCCACAGAGCACCAUUAAAUCCAUAAUUAAAAAAUGGAAAGAAAAUGGCACCACUUUAAGCCGUACACUCCACAGAGCUGGGCUUUACAGAAGAGUGGCCAGAAAAAAGCCAUUGCUUAAAGAAAAAAGUAAGCAAACACGUUUGGUGUUUGCCAAAAGGCAUGUGGGAGACUCCCCAAACAUAUGGAAGAAGGUACUCUGGUCAGAUGAGACUAAAAUUGAGCUUUUUGGCCAUCAAGGAAAAUGUCUGGGGCAAACCCAACACCUCUCAUGCUACUGGUGGCAGCAUCAUGCUGUGGGGAUGUUUUCAUCGGCAGGGACUGGGAAACUGGUCAGAAUUGAAGGAAUGGUGGAUGGCACUAAAUACAGGGAAAUUCUUGAGGGAAACCUGUUUCAGUCUUCCAGAGAUUUGAGACUGAGACAAAGGUUCACCUUCCAGCAGGACAAUGACCCUAAGCAUACUGCUAAAGCAACACUUGAGUGGUUUAAGGGGAAACAUUUAAAUGUCUUGGAAUGGCCUAGUCAAAGCCCAGACCUCAAUCCUAUUGAGAAUCUGUGGUAUGACUUAAAGAUUGCAGUACACCAGUGGAACCCAUCAAACUUGAAGGAGCUGGAGCAGUUUUGCCUUGAAGAAUGGGCAAAAAUCCCAGUGGCUAGAUUUGCCAAGCUUAUAGAGACAUACCCCAAGAGACUUUCAGCUGUAAUUGCUGCAAAAGGUGGCUCUACAAAGUAUAGACUUUUUUUUUUGGGGGGGGGGGGGGGGGGGGGGGGGGGGGGUUAUGCACGCUCAAGUUUUCAGUUUUUUUGUCUUAUUUCUUGUUUGUUUCACAAUACAAAAUAUUUUGCAUCUUCAAAGUGGUAGGCAUGUUGUGUAAAUCAAUUGAUACAACCCCCCCCAAAAUCAAUUAGGUUCCAGGUUGUAAGGCAACAAAAUAGGUUGUAAGGCAACAAAAUAGGAAAAAUGCCAAGGGGGGUGAAUACUUUCGCAAGCCACUGUAAGCAGGCUCCUGUGAGGUGAACGUCUAAUGCCCUCUGCAGCGGGGGACAGUGGUAGUAAUGGACAUCAGAUGGAGCAGAAUGGUUGAGAGUUCGGCUGGUGUUCCUUCACAUGGCCACCCACCAACCUCCACCCUAAUUGGUUAUUACCUAUACUUUUAUAGAAGUUACAAGUUGAUGUUGAUUAGGGCAAGUUAUAAAGACUGGCUCAAUCAAAGGGUCACCAUGACUCUCGGUAUGUGGAAAAUAAUGAAUGUAUACAAGGUUUUCCAAUACAGCUAUUCGUCAAUGCCUCUGUCACAGCACAAACAGAUGGGAUAAGUCUGUAAGAGGGUUGAAAUACAUUGCAAGGUGUUGUUGUCACAGAGACCUUUGGAUAAAAAUCCAUGGCAUGUCAGCAAGCAGACCAUCAUUUAUGCCAUACAUACAAGUACUGUAUGUCCACUGUCAGUCAGGAACAUUCAACAUGCUCAUAUGCUGCUGUUUUCCAGGGAACCAUCUCGGAAAGGUUUGGUUGAUACAUCAGUGAGACACACACUGGGCCAAUGACAACCAUCAAAAAGCCACCAGAUUAUUGCCAGCUGAUCUCUCGUUAAACCAUCAAUAUGCGCUAAACUCACCCGCACAGCUGAUCUAAAUUGCAACCAACAUUGGCCAGCGAUUUACCACUCCCUAACACAGAUGGAGGUUAUAUUCUAGUCUUGAUGGCAGCCAACAUUUUUCAAGACUAUUUCGCCCUCUGGUAUUAUCACCAGAACAACUAAGUCCUACUUUAUGAGCAGACUACGGGCGAUUUAUCUAUUUUACAAUCAUUCCGUACAACUGAAAUAAAGUAUUUCCUCGUUUACCAUGUCAAAUCUACUCUGGUAAUUUUUCUAGAAAGGUAGUUCUAACCUUGAAUAUGACCGGGCAAAGCGUUAACAAUAGGAGAGUCAUCUAUUUUAUAAUACACUAGAACACAGCAAACAUGGACCUUGUUUACCACGGCAAAUCUACUGUGGCAAUUUACCCGACACGUUGUAUAAUUGGAAAUCUAAUGUCGAUGGUGUAACCUUCUGUUAAUAUUUAAUUAUUUAGCUAAUGUAUGUAAUCCAUUAAAGGUGCAAUAUGUAACUUUUUGGGUAACCUGACAAAAUUCACAUAGAAAAUGAUCUGUCAUUGAAAGUAAGACUAAGAAGCAGUAGAUCUGUUCUAUGUGCGCUAUUUCUAUGCUUCCCGUUUUUAAGUAUCGUUUCUUGUGUUUUUUACUUUCAGUUUUGUACACCACCUUCAAACAGCUGAAAACACAAUAUGGUUAUGGAAAAUAUAUUUCACAGAGGUUAAGAUGGUACAAUGAAUCUCUACACUAUACUCGCUUGUUUCGUUACAUAACCUGAAAUUCUACAAAAUAUUAUAAUUUUAGCAACCAGGAAAUGGCAGAGCGAUUUCUGCAUAGUGCAUCUAUAAAUACAACUGUCUUUAAAAUAACAUUGUCUGAUAUGGUCAUUUCUUAUCAAGAUCUGAGGUAAAAUAUCCCUGGACAAUCAAGUCAAUUGUGAUUGAGUUAUAUAAUCUAUAUUAUUUUCUCAAAUGAAGAUGUAGUCUAUAAAGUAAUUUUGAAUGGCAUUUUUAAGUCAUUUAGCAGAUGCUCUUAUCCAGAGCGACUUACAAUUAGUGAGUGCAUACAUUUUUCAUACUGGCAUAUAUUAUAGGCUAUUGUUUUGCCAUUUAAGGUAAAAAGUUUGAAUGAAAUAUAGGCCUAAACUACUAUAUUCUUAUACUCCAAUAAGUAUUAGUCCCGUGUAGCUCAGUUGGUAGAACAUGGUGUUUGCAAUGCCAGGGUUGUGGGUUCAAUUCCCACGGGGGGCCAGUAUGAAAAAUGUAUGCACUCACUAACUGUAAAUUGCUCUGGAUAAGAGUGUCUGCUAAAUGACUAAAAUGUAAAGUAUUUUUCAUUCAUCAGCCUUACGGUUUCCGAUGCUCCUGAUAGGUCGAUAUUUCACUGGGGGCGGGAGUAGACAAUCUAGACCAGCUGUCUGGUAUCAUAAUCACUUGACAUGGUAGCGACGAGGGAGCAACUGAUUGGCUGGUUUAUCCUUGUGGGUUUAUCUUUGCAACCAAGCUUGGUUUAGCCCACAGGUGCUUGUAAUCUCCCGUUGGUAGGGUUAUAAGAAAUCCAGCGGUUAACCUGCAGAAGCGCGUUAAGUUUUGCCUGUUCGUUUCAAUCGAGCGAAAGGGAAUUGGGAGGCCCUCUACAAGCCCAGCGGCGUCCGGGUUUGGCUGGGUUAGGCCGUCAUUGUAAAUAAGAAUUUGUUCUUAACUGACUUGCCUAGUUAAAUAAAAUCUACAGUGUCACCCAUUAUUGCCAUCAGACCAGUAGCUUUAACGCCUAAACAUGAGACUGUGUAGUCUACACGUGUUGUUACACCACAGCAUCAUUCACUGUCACCUACUGAUUAGUAAAUACAACGUUUAACUUUUUUUUUUUUUUAAGUAUGCAUUCUAACACGAAUAAUUUCUUGCCAGUCUAAUCGCGGUAAACUAUGUGGACUGACGCAAAACACGGACUGAUUAUUAUUCCACUUGAUCUCCCUUGAGAUAUGUUGUCAUGUCAACAAGGUGUCAGUCUGAUACGAGUCAUAACACACAAUAGGUAGUCUCCUGAGUGGCGCAGUGGUCUAAGGCACUGCAUCACAGUGCUAACUGUGCCACUAGAGAUCCUGGUUCGAAUCCAGGCUCUGUUGCAGCUGGCCACGACCGGGAGACUCAUGGGCGGCGCACAAUUGGCCCAGGGUAGGGGAGGGAAUGGCCGGCAGGGAUGUAGCUCAGUUGAUAGAGCAUGGUGUUUGCAACGCCAGGGUUGUGGGUUCGAUUCCCAUGGGGGGCCAGUAUAUAAAAAAAUUUUAUUCACUAACUGUAAGUCGCUCUGGAUAAGAGCGUCUGCUAAAAUGUAAAUGUCAUGUGGAAUGGUGCUCCCCUGUAUACUGUAAUUCUGUACAAGACAAAAUGGUUGACAGAUUCAGAUGAGCAGACAUUUGGAGCGACUGUUCCUUUUUUUUUUUCUUCCUUUCAAAACGGAUAUGAUGCAACGCCAACGUGAUGGAGCCAGUUUAAUGGAAUUACUAGCGUUCAAGGAAAAAAAAAGAUGAAUCUCUUGAAAAUAUAGGGAAAUUAGCUCCUUGACAACCUGAAUUACACCUCUUCCAUUAGUGGAGCAGUAAUUGAAUAAUUUAUUUUCACAGAAGAGAGUCAGUCCUCUGCUUUGAUAUGAAAAAUGGAUAUUGCUGCAUUUUAUGUUGCUAAUUACAGGCCUCUCUUAAAACGGACUCCAGUGAAUUCUUCCCUGUUUUGUUUUGUACAAAAAAACAACCAAGCCGAUUAUAACAGGAUACACCUCAAAGUUAUUUUCUCAUCAUGAUGCCAUAUAUGGAAUUUGAAAUUAUACUUUGCAUUUAAAAAAUCCACCUACAAAGUAGUUGAAUGUAUUAUCUUUAGAAUCAGAGUUACAUCCCUCCGUAUACAUCACCUAUUUAUAUUACAUUUACAUUUUAGUCAUUUAGCAGACACUCUUAUCCAGAGCGACUUACAGUUAGUGAGUGCAUACAUUUUUUUUUUAAAUAUAUCACAUAAUUACCUUUGCAUAAGCAUGAAAGAUAAUUUUGGUAACAUAAAAGGGGAUCUUCAUGAUGAACUUGUCUUUGGUUAAAUCACUCAGUAUUGAAAAGGUUUUUAUAUAAUUUUUUGGUCACAAGAUCUUACAGGAUGUGUGCUCUGAUUUAGGAAGAGAGGAUUUAUGCAGGAGACGAUUUUGUGUGUGUGUGUGUGUGUGUGUGCGUGUGUGUGUGUGUGUGUGUGUGUGUGUGUGUGUGUGUGUGUGUGUGUGUGUGUGUGUGUGUGUGUGUGUGUGUGUGUGUGUGUGUGUGCCUGCGUGCGUGUGUGAGAGAAAAGGGAGCGAGAGAGUUAUUUAAAUAUUAUUUCAGUCCUUCGCUAGAGGACUUCAAAUUGAUUUACUUGAAUUGCCUUUCACAACGUCUCCAAUUUCACCCCCAUGCAAAUGCAAAAUGAGUGAGUCAUUGGACAAACAGGCACACUGUGCUGCAUAUUCAUUGUGAAGUUUCAAUAAUGGGGGCAUUUACCAGGGGGAAACUAAACAGACGUAACACUUGUCAGCAAUGCAAUUGAAGUAAAUCACCUUGACAACAUCAACACAUCUGAGCCCCAUAAAUCCAGAGUCGUUUUAUUUCCUACCUGGAAAUGAGCUCUGGCACUUGGUGCUGUCAGAGAGGACGUCUCCUUGUCCCCACCUGCUGCAUCUUUAAAUGGGAAUCAUUUAAAAAAAUAUAUGGAUUCAGCAGCUUGCAGUUUGGGGAAAGAAACAGUGUAUUGAUUUUAGAUUUGGCAGGAGGGGCUAUUGGCACUUAGCCCUGCGUCUGCUUCCCUCAACGUUUGCCUCUCAAAAGGGAUUCACUUCAGUCCCCCUGCUGCGCCGUGCGUUCGCUAUGGGCUGGCUGGGGACGAGGUCAUACAUCAGCACGACUCUGUCUCUGUAAAUCAGAGGGGAUGAGACGAGGCCUUUAAUUGAAUAUGUAUAAGGACCCCACGUUUAUUAAUUAAAUUCACCCACUGGCGUGGAUUCUGCGGUGGUGUGUGGAUUUGCUGUGGCAGCAGAAGGUCAGGAGGGGUAUGAAAUGCUUCUGACCCCAUCUCUCUGAUCUUCUGUAUGAGUGAAUUGGCUGGAGCAGAUUUGAUACUGCAUUGCUGGGUCAUUGUGAUGAAAAGGGACCCAAUAUGUUAAGUAGAGAUGAUGACGAAGUGAGAUAUUAAAGGCACAGAUAGAGUACUAUAAGCUUUUACCCUGAGAUGAUGCGCUCUGCUGUAGGUGGUACAGGGUGAAGUUACUCCUAGACUCUGAUCUUGGGUCAGUUUUGUAUUUCCCCCAGUAAUGGUUAAGGUUAGGAGUUGGGGAGGGGAAGCUGACCCCAGAGGAAACUUCACUCGGGCACACUAAGGCAUACUGAUGAGGCUGUGUCUGAGGAGUAUAGCAUAAUGUAGCACGCUGAGGUGACCAAGCUGACCAGAGGCCAGAACGAUAAACUAAUCCAAUGGCCUCCUUUACGAUGUCCAUAUUAAGACAACCUCAGUCCUGCUGAGACCGAGACAAGUCCUGCUGAGAUUGAGGUUGUCCUGAUAUGGACCCCAUACUCAUGGAAAGUCCCUCCUCUUCCACUGCUAACACUGCAGAUACAUGUGGUCUACUACUGGUUUCCCUCUCUCACUGAACAGCUUCAUCUCAAAUGGAGGGACACGAGUGAAGACAGAAACAAGGUAAUGGAAGCCACCUGCUUGUCUCUCACAGUGUUGACAAUGAUCCUGUUUUAGCCAACUGCAGCACUUUAUCUGGGCCAAUGCAGAAGCAGUGCACUGACAGAGUAAUCAGAGUCAGAGAGCAGAAAAAUACUAACCUUAUAGUCUGAAACUCUAUUUGCUAUGUGAAACAAAUGAAGCUCUUGGCAUGGUACAUUGGGGCACUUGUUUGAAUUAAUGCAUUCAUUUUGCUAGACAAUAGCGCUGAGUCUCAAAUAGCACUUUAUUCCCUAUCCAGUGCAGUACUUUAGACCAGGACCCAUCGAGCUCUGUUCAAAAGUAGUGCACUAUGUAGGGAACAGGGUGCCAUUUGGGACCAGCCUAAGCCUGUUAGUAUCCAAAGGACAACAAGAACAACACCAGAGAAAGAAGAGAGAAGACUGUUUUACAUUCCAUCAGAACCGUGUUACAUUCCAUCAGGACUGUGUUACAUUCCAUCAGAACCGUGUUACAUUCCAUCAGAACCGUGUUACAUUCCAUCAGAACUGUGUUACAUUCCAUCAGGACUGUGUUACAUUCCAUCAGAACCGUGUUACAUUCCAUCAGGACUGUGUUACAUUCCAUCAGGACUGUGUUACAUUCCAUCAGAACUGUGUUACAUUCCAUCAGAACUGUGUUACAUUCCAUCAGGACUGUGUUACAUUCCAUCAGAACCGUGUUACAUUCCAUCAGGACUGUGUUACAUUCCAUCAGGACUGUGUUACAUUCCAUCAGAACUGUGUUACAUUCCAUCAGAACUGUGUUACAUUCCAUCAGAACCGUGUUACAUUCCAUCAGGACUGUGUUACAUUCCAUCAGGACCGUGUUACAUUCCAUCAGAACUGUGUUACAUUCCAUCAGAACUGUGUUACAUUCCAUCAGGACUGUGUUACAUUCCAUCAGAACCGUGUUACAUUCCAUCAGGACUGUGUUACAUUCCAUCAGGACUGUGUUACAUUCCAUCAGGACUGUGUUACAUUCCAUCAGAACCGUGUUACAUUCCAUCAGGACUGUGUUACAUUCCAUCAGGACUGUGUUACAUUCCAUCAGGACUGUGUUACAUUCCAUCAGAAAGUCACAGAGUCACAGUUGAAUCCCCUGUCACACAACUAG